AUGGCUUCUGCGCCAACGAAAACCUGCUUCUCCACAUCAUCCCCAUAUGAAGAAAAGAUUGGCUACUACCGCGCCAUCCGCCAUGGCAAUCAGAUCUUCGUUUCCGGAACUACAGCGGUUGACCCUUGUUCUCCUAUCAAUGCCCCGCGAAUUCUUCACCCGGAAGACGCCAAACAACAGACAUGUGUUGCUCUGAAGGAAAGUAUUCGAGCCAUCCAAGGUCUUGGUGGUAGGGGAGCGGAGGAUAUAAUUCGCGUCAAAAUGUUUGUGAGUCGCCACGAGGACUGUGAGGCUGUGGGACUAGGAUUUAGUGAGAUAUUGGGCAAGCAUAAUCGUGGUGGAGGUGGUAUCAUAGGAGCUGCCGCAACAAUGAUUGUGGUUAAUGGCGGUUUUAUAAAUAAGGGGAUGCUUGUUGAGGUUGAAGUUGAUGCUAUUGUGGAGCAUAGUUGA